CAUCAGCAAUCAGCAAGCCUCCGACUGCCUCCGACCGUAAUAUCAAAGUGUGUACUCGUGUCGGCUUUCGUUAACUCGUCCACGUACAACUAUAACAACUUUGAUGAUAUUUUGAACAUGCCUGGGGCUGUCUCCCCAAGUAUUUAGCAAAAAUUCGUUGAUUUAGUGGAACUAGUUGAACAUUCAAAUACAGUUAUUCGAUCAGAGGAUAAAUAUGUUAGGAACACAUCAAUUUUUAUUCUUUCUCGCACUCUGCCUGGUUCAUCUCGUCAGUACUGACGAACACAAUCAUGUUUAUGACGAUAAUGAAGAAGUUGUACUGUGGAUGAGCACAGUGGGCCCAUACCACAAUAGACAAGAGACUUACUCCUACUUUUCUUUGCCAUUCUGUGCUGGACCCAAAGAGAUGAUUGGUCACUAUCAUGAGACUCUGUCAGAAGCUCUCCAAGGAAUCGAGCUCAAGUUCAGUGGGCUUGACAUAGAAUUCAGAGCCGACGUGGCAAAGACCGAAUUCUGUGGAAUCAAGGCACUCAAUGAUAAUCACCUGAAGGCAUUCAUUUAUGCUGUGAAAAACCAGUAUUGGUAUCAAAUGUAUAUAGAUAAUCUUCCAAUAUGGGGAGUUGUAGGAGAGCCUGAAGACAACAAUGGCGAAAUAUCCUACUACAUCUGGACGCACAAGAAGUUCGACAUUGGUUACAAUGGCAAGCAAAUUGUCGACGUUAACUUAACAAGCGAGAACAAAGUGAAAUUAACUCCAAACGCUCACAUAGCCUUCAGCUACGAGGUCAACUGGAGAAAGAGUAGUGUCAAAUUCGAGGACAGAUUUGACAAGUACCUGGACCCCAACUUCUUCCAGCAUCGGAUCCACUGGUUCAGCAUCUUCAACAGUUUCAUGAUGGUGAUAUUCCUGGUGGGUCUUGUCUCCAUGAUCCUCAUGCGAACACUGCGAAAGGACUACGCGAGAUACAGCAAAGACGAGGAGAUGGACGACAUAGAGAGGGACUUGGGGGACGAGUAUGGCUGGAAGCAGGUGCACGGAGACGUCUUUCGACCUGCCAGCCAUCCCAUUCUCUUCUCAGCACUGGUCGGCUGUGGCUACCAAGUCACCUUCGUCGUACUCAGUGUCAUCAUAUUCGCAAUUCUUGGGGAAUUGUACACGGAGAGGGGCUCGAUGCUGUCCACUGCCAUCUUCAUGUAUGCAGCAACUUCACCGUUGAAUGGAUACGCUGGAGGGGGUCUCUAUGCCAGAAUGGGGGGCAGAGUUUGGAUUAAACAGAUGAUACUUAGUGCUUUCAUGCUGCCUGUCAUGGUCUGUGGAACAGCGUUCUUCAUCAAUUUCAUUGCCAUGUACUAUCAUGCGAGUCGAGCUAUUCCAUUUGGAUCUAUGGUGGCAGUGACCUGCAUCUGUAUAUUCGUGAUUCUCCCCUUGACCCUGGUGGGCACAAUCCUGGGGAGGAACCUGGCAGGGACCCCAGACGCGCCCUGUCGUGUGAACGCAGUUCCUCGCCCCAUCCCCGAGAAAAAAUGGUUCAUGGAGCCACUCGUGAUCAUUCUCCUCGGUGGUAUACUUCCAUUCGGCUCGAUAUUCAUUGAAAUGUAUUUUAUAUUCACAUCCUUCUGGGCGUACAAGAUUUACUACGUCUACGGAUUUAUGCUCCUCGUAUUCGUCAUCCUUAUGAUCGUAACCGUUUGCGUAACCAUUGUUUGCACGUAUUUCCUGCUCAAUGCCGAGGACUACAGAUGGCAAUGGACUAGUUUCUUAGCUGCUGCUUCCACCGCGGGAUACGUCUAUAUUUAUUCAUUCUACUAUUUCUUUUUCAAAACAAAAAUGUACGGCCUCUUCCAAACUGCCUUCUACUUCGGUUACAUGGCACUCUUUAGCUUAGCACUUGGAAUAAUGUGCGGUACGGUAGGAUACAUCGGCACCAACGCAUUCGUCCGUAAAAUCUAUUCGACAGUUAAAAUAGAUUAAUACCCCUCUCCCGCAAUUGUUUCCAAAUAAAUAAUGUACGUGUGCAUGAGAGUGAAUACAAGGAGAAGAUAAAACCGAAUGAAGGAAAUCUGUGCUCAGUGUCUGUACUGCGUCAACAUAUUUUGUUCCAUUGACACUGUGAUAUUGCAAAAGACGUCCAGUUGAGUGAUAGUGAAUUUAUCUCUGCCUCCUGUGGACUCCUGUCACCAUUCGCUGAGUUGGACAGACUUUAUCAUAACAAUUUUAUUGUACGAUAUAUAAUAUAUUCCCUUUUGUUUACAAUCUUAACGCUGUUUAUCCCCCGAAUGCCGAGGCUAAUGAAUUUUCGAGAGUGAUGAGCCAGUAUUGCGAUCAAAAUAGAUCAUUUUUUAAUGGAAAGUCGAUGAUGGGUUACGUUGAGUGUAAAACAUCACAUUCGGUGCGAUAAAUUAAUCUGAUUGAGCAAUUCUUCCUUCCAUUCGUCCUUCAGGCUAUUACAUUUUCAAUUUUAUGGGUAAAAUUAUUUUGCAACUGGAUAUCCAUCAGAUUUUCCUCUUGCAUUUGCAAAACGAGUAGACAAUUAUGCACGACAACAGCACAAAGAGUAAUUGUAAUCAUGUAUAAUAUAAAAAUGAAUUUAAACAAGUGACUUGAAUUGUGCUCGACGUCUGUGCUGGUGCGAAAUGUCAGAACGACGCCAGAUACUUACUAGUUUUUUCCCAAGGGGUGCAACGCCCAUUUCAUCAUAAUUUUCCUCUAACAAAUUCUCUCGUAGAUGUAAAUCCUCAUACUAUUGGCCAAUGAAUUAAUUUAUAUUAAUGUAGCGUAAAUCGUGAAGGAUAUCAAAAGGAGAGAUGAAUCAUUGUGACGUGGAGACAUGUAAUACCAAUAUACUUGUACAAAGUUUUCUCAAUCAAAAAUCAUUUCAUUGAUA